AAUUUAAAGUUUUAUACCAGAGUAAUUAGACGUUAAAAAUAUACAUUUUAAUUUAUAUUUUGCGUGAAUAUCAAAUAAGUAAAAUGUUUUUGUUGAUCUUUCUUGUUCUUUCUGCUUUCUAUUAUGACUGUGAUAGCGUAAAUCCACAAAGGCUGCAGCUGUCAUGUGCGCAAAUAAAGCAGUUUGUAAACGGACACAACGUUCGUCGGCAGAGAGUCGCGCGUGGCGCCGUGCCACGGCAGCCUACGGCGUCCAACAUGAUAUACAUGGUUUGGGACGAAGAACUAGCAGAAAAAGCGGCUAAAUGGGCUGAACAAGGGAUUUUCGGUCAUAAUCCUAUUAAAACCGUUGGCUCACAAAGAUGGGGCCAGAUAGGCGAAAAUGUGUUCAUAAAUACAUUGCCGAGGCCGUCCUAUGUGCCAGUUAUUCCGAAUAUCGACGAGGCCCUGGACGACUGGUUUGGGGAACACGCAAAUUACGGAUUUGAGCCGUACAGCCUGACCACGCCGCGACCUAUUGGACAUUAUACGCAGAUGGUGUGGGCUGAAUCCACUCAUGUUGGCUGCGGGAUCUCGCAGAAGAAGGAAAACGGGUGGACCACUACGUUGACUGUGUGUAAUUACGCCCCCACAGGCAACUACCUCGGCCAAGUUCCUUACAGCAGCACCGGGGCCGCUGGCUAUCUUCGAUGCGUGAACAAAACCUGUCAUAGACCUUAUGGAAAUUAUUGUUAAGUGGAUAGGGAACUGUUUCUUCAAACGAACGUAUUCAUAAUUUUCCUCUCGUAAUAAAUGUCAUCUUUUGGAA